AUGGCGUGGUCGUCGUCCUGGGCGUCAACGCGUUUCGGCAUCGCGGCUAUCACAACCAAGGCUGUUAAGAGGGGAACGACGCUCAUGUCAAGCGGUGCGUUUCACUCGCGUGUGGUCAGUGCUCGGUCACUACCGGCUUGUUUGGCAGACAAACGAACCGACAGUGACCACAUUAUGGCGGUUUCGCUGCUGGAGAAUCCGUAUAAUUUCUGA